AUGCCGCAGGUUAAGAUCAUCGCGAAGAAUUUUAUGGAUAUGGUGGCUUCUCUUCCCGCCAUCAAGCUCGAUAAACUCUACAACAAUGUCUUCAUCUGCGAAGCCAUUCUCAGGUCUUUGCCUCCUCUUGCCAAGAAAUAUGUAUUGCAGAUGUUGUACACUGAUGUUCCUGUACCUGGCACGAUGAUGGAAGAGUGGGUUCUUGCGGAUGGUGUUUCUAAGCACAGAGUUGCUAUAGAUCGACUGAUUCAGUUACGGAUUUUUUCGGAAAUGGUAGAUAGGAAAAAUCAAACCAGUUACAGCCUAAAUCCUACAUUUCAGAACAAUCUUCGGAAACAUAUAAUUUCUGGUGGAGUUUUGCCUAGAGAACCUAUGAAUUCCGACAAUGCCAUAAAGCUUCCAAGUCUACUAGAACUCGAAACCUAUGCCCUUCGGCAAUGGGAGUGUUUCUUGCUACAACUCAUAAAUCCGAGUCAAGGUGAAAAGCUAGCUGGCAUCAGUCCGUCCAUGAUGAGAAUUUUCCAGCGAGGUCUAUUGAGUCAGAGAGACAAAGAUGGCCCGAGACUAACUGAGAGUGGCUUUCAGUUUUUGCUGAUGGAUACAAAUGCCCAGCUUUGGUACAUUAUCCGAGAAUACAUAUCAAAUGCCGAGGAGCGAGAUGUAGAUCCAGCAGACCUGAUUUCAUUUUUGUUAGAGCUUAGUUUUCAUGUUACUGGUGAGGCAUAUAACUUAAAUACAUUGACAGAGGUUCAGAAAAAUACACUCAAGGACCUUGCAGACUUGGGAUUAGUCAAGCUUCAACAGGGAAGGAAGGACAGUUGGUUCAUUCCUACUAAACUUGCUACGAAUCUAUCAGUCAGUCUGACAGAUUCAUCAGUGCGGAAAGAGGGAUAUGUCGUAAUGGAAACAAACUUCAGGAUGUAUGCUUACUCAACAUCUAAGUUACAAUGUGAAAUUUUACGGCUGUUUGCAAGGAUAGAGUACCAACUUCCAAACCUUAUUGCUGCUGCAAUUACAAAGGAAAGUUUGUACAACGCAUUUGACAAUGGCAUCACAUCAGACCAGAUAAUUACUUUCCUUCAGCAGAAUUCUCAUCCAAGAUGUGCUGAUCGAAUCCCAUCUAUUCCAGAAAAUGUCACUGACCAGAUACGGCUUUGGGAGGCAGAUUUGAAGAGAAUCGAAAUGACUCAGGCUCACUUCUACGAUGAAUUUCCGUCAAAAGAUGUGUUUGAAGCAGCUUGUGACUUUGCUCGAGAAUGGAGAGGCCUUCUCUGGGAAGACUCUAAGAGAAUGCGACUCGUUGUGAAAUCCGAAAUUCACAAUCAGAUGCGUGAAUUUCUUCACUCCCAAAGCAAGUAA